AUGGCGUCGUCGCCCGCCGCUCCGAACGGGGGCGUCGCCGGGUUUAUGAAGAAGUACCGCACCUUCGUCCGUCGGCAUCGCGCGCUGCUGUCCGCCAUCGAGCAGGGCGCCGCGGGCAUGACCUGGUUCAUCGAGGGCGAGAACAGCGAGGUGUGGGCCGAGGCGGCGUCGUCCGCGGUCGGGGUCGUGUCCACCCUGAACGACCACCUGGUGGCCGACGAGAGCGACGACGACGACGAAGGCGACGCGCGUUCCUCGCCGACCCGCGGCGAGAUCGACUCGGCGUACGGCAACGAGUCGGACGGAGGGGCGGCGCCCGACGGCGGCAUCGGAGAUCGGCGCAGGGGAUCCGCGCGGGAGCCCAAGCCCCCGCGGGGUUCGUGGCGUCGCAGGCUCGAGGCACUCGCGCAGUGCGUCCCGGUGCCCUUGGCUCUCACCCUGUGCUCGCAGGUGGAGACGCUGUCGGAGAUGAUCGCGAAGAGGGCGGGCGGCGUGGAAGGCGCGGCGGACGCCGUCGUGGUCAUGGAGGGGGUCAAGGCGGCGUUGAAAACUCGCGUGUGGCUCUCGCAGCGGGGCGGCGCGAAGCUGCUCGUGGAGGACGGCAUGGCGUCGGAACAGCUCGGGAACGAGUCGGAGUCGGAGUACGAGACGGAGUCGGACGGCGACGACGACGGGGAUUUCUCGUUGGAGACGAUGCUGAAGGGGAGACACGCAACCCGAAAGGAGAGUUCAGACGACGAAGACGAAGACGAAGACGACGAUGACGAAGACGACGACGACGACGAAGACGAGGACGAAGACGACGAAGAGAGCACGGGCUCGGUAUCGGAGGCGGAGAGCGAUGCCGAGUCCACGUCAUCCUACGACCGCGCCAGGGCUGAGAUCAACGGCGCCGCGCUGCGAAUGCUGCGCGCCGGUCGGAUGGUCUUCGAGAGGUACCCGCCGGGGAUGAAACGCGCGACGCUGGGGAUGAACGCGCUGUACCACUGCAGGCUCAAGGCUCAGGCGGAGUACUGGGAGGUCCGUAAGCGACGGCUGCUGGAGACGGCGGAGGCGGACGAGGCCUUACUCGCCGAGGCUUCGGACGACGAGGAAGUUUCUCCACCAAAGUUUCCCGUCGGAGAGAACGAGGUCGCCGAGAGCGACGGCGAGACCCGCGGGGACGACGCCGACGAGUCCAGGAUAGAGGGUGACCCGGAGAACAAGGCCGCGGCGGAGAGAGCGCGACGGAGGCGCAUGAAGGAGAUGGCGAAGCACCGACAGUUUCAGCGCGUGCACGGCCCGCCGCCCGUGCCUCCGCCGCCGUUUCCGUUUCGCAUCGAGGAUCAGCUCAUGCGCGACAGGGUGGACCUCAACCUGCGACUGGUGGGUGAGCUCUGCCACAUCGGCAGACCGUUGGCGUACGCGUUGGCGAGACGACGGUGGGGGGCCAAGAGCUGGAAGGCUCUCGCGGUGUCCGUAACGUUCGACGCGGCUGCGUUCUCGUGUCUCAACGGCGCGAGCGGCGGGAUCAAGCAGGGCGAGCCCAACUUCAGUUCGGGCGAGAAGGCGGAGAUGGUCAGACGCAGGGCGUUCCUGCUGUACUACCUGCUGCGAUCGCCGGUGUUCGACAACCUCACGCUACCCACCGCGAGGAUGGUUGGUCGGGGCGUCGGGUGGGUGCCGCUGCUCGGGUCGCUCUACGGGAAGGCUGUGGACAUCGCGGAGGAUGUCAACGACCACUUCGCGUACACGUACUAGUAA